CUCCCCACUCGCACUAGAAUGUCAACCCUAGAUGACUCCUUUCCCACUGACCCCUUGAGUGGGUUUUACGGCUGGACGGACACUCUCAAGGGUGUCUAUUAUGGCCCCGGGUCUGUUAAGACUGCUAUUCCUAAGCUGUUGAAGACCCUGAAGGUCAAGAAAGCGCUGGUCUUGACUGGGCGAACAUUGAAUGAUAAGACUGAUGUCGUUAGGAAGGUCGAGAAUAUCCUGAAGGAACACGAUGCCUAUGGGGCGACCUUCUUUGAGAUCGGGGAACACACCCCAAUUGCGGGUAUCCGGAAGGGCAUCCAGGCGUAUAGAGACAACGGAUGCGACCAUAUCGUGGCCGUUGGCGGAGGAUCGCCUGUUGAUGGAGCCAAGGCGAUUCUGUACAACAUUCAGCUUGCAGAUGGAGGCCCUACCCCUCCACAGAUUGCCAUUCCGACCACUCUUAGUGCUGCAGAAUAUAGUAUUGGUGCAGGAUUUACGAAUGACGAAGGACACAAAGUCGCAGUAUCCUCCCAGGAUUUGGCCCCUGCUGGGAUCAUCCUGGAUGCCGAACUCACUUUGGCCACCCCCGAACGUCUCUGGUUGUCCACUGGUAUCAGAUCCUUGGAUCACGCUGUGGAGAACCUUUAUAGGCCACUCGUGACUAUCCCAUCCAAGGCGCUCUGCUACGCAGCUCUGAAGGACUUGUUCAAGUACCUUCCCGAGUCCAAGAAAGACCCCACCAAUGUCGCCGUUCGUCAACGCUUGCAGAUUGCCUCCUGGAUGAGUCUUUGGCCCAUGAAACUGGAGCGGUACAGUGCCCUUGGAAUCUCCCACUCCCUCGGACACAAACUGGGAGCUCGCUAUUCGAUCCCCCAUGGCAUCACAUCGUGCCUGACUCUGGCCCCGACAGUCGCGAUGAAGGCGGAGGUUGGGUCGCAGCAGGACAAAGAAUGGCUUGCCGAGGCUCUCUUUUAUCUGCGCGAGCCAUCCACUGGAUCCUUGGAGGGCGAUGUUCGCCGCCUGGCUACCUUAAUCAACAAUCUUGUGAAGGACCUCGGCUUGCAAACCACACUGGAGGCGUACAAGGUUCCGCGAAACGAGUUGGAAUCGGUUGCCGAGGGUGCCCUUGGGACGCAAAACCAGAAUUAUGAGUUAUCGCGGAUCGUGCAAUUGUUGGAGUCGCUAUAUACGCCUCUAGAGCUCUGA